AUGAUGGAAGCAGUGAACAACUGGCUUGACCGUGCUAUCCAAAGUUCUCUUGAUGUACCUCAUCCAGCUGAGAUCGAUGCUCAAAAAUCACUUUCAGAUGUCAAAGGCGCUGGUAGUAAUACUGCCAAUACUAGCAAUAUUGUUCCGUUUCGAAUACUAAUUAAAUCGCUUGAAAUUUUACCAUCAUCUGUUUCUUCCUCACUUGCUACUCCAUAUGAAGUGCAAUUUACUGCAACAUUAUUUGAUAAUUUGUAUAAACGAUUUUAUGGUCAAACAUGGUUUAGUGCUUGGCACAGAGGCAAAGUUGCUAUAGAUGGAUUUUUUCGAGUCAAUCUUAAUGAACCAUUGUAUUGUCAUAUACCAUUGAAAAAUGAUCAAAAUUGUUUGAUUGUUCAAUCAAUAUUUCGUAGUGGAGAAGAAUCAGAAGAUCGACUUGAGCUUGUAGGUGGUUGGACAAUCAUUAAAUUAAAACCAUGGACUGAAGAUGAUGAUAUUACUAAAGCAAUAAGUAAUCGUCAACUACUCUAUCAAGGUUCACCUCGCGCUCUUAUAUAUCUCAAUGAACCAUUUGAAACAUGCCAGAAAGUUUCACAAGUUGCUUCUGCUGGUUUAUUUGUUGAAAUUAAAUAUCAUGAACCUCUUUUUUCUGUAAUACAAUAUUUAUCUGAAUGUACUCUUUAUGGACGAAAUGUUAAUAUUGGUGGUAUUCAUUAUUCUGGUGAUCCAAAUGAAGAUACAUUAAGAAAACCCAUUUUGCAAGCAAAUCGAAAAAAUAUUCUCAUCGAACAGAUUGAAAUUGAUAUGGAACCAUCAAUAAAUUUGUUUGAAGAAGAACUUUGUCGAUUAAUCCAUAAAGAUCAAAUGGAAAAGAAAAAAAUAUCACAAACUACUGUAGCAGCAAUAGUUCAUGAAACAUAUAGUAAAGUCUCUAUUGUUGAACGACGUUUACGUGUGGGUAUACAUAAUGGACAAUGUUAUGUUCAAGAUCCACUUGUUUUUUAUCUCACAGCUGAACAAGAAGAUACUGGAAUGUCAUCGUUAUCAAGAAAAUUAAGCUUUAGACAAACACAACGACGAAGAACUGUAUCUGCUGAAAGUAGAACAGACGAUCGAAAAAAACUCUAUUUAAGAAAUCCAAUCCGACUUGAUGAUGUUCCUAUUGAUGAUUUAAAUGCUAUUGUAUUUGUUCUUGAAUAUAUGGUUUCCAUACCUCUUGGUAAUGAACCUGCUGAAAGUACUAAAGUAACAUUUACUAUUCGUUGGACAGCUUGGUUUCCAGGCAAAGAUAAACAAGUUGCUUUGAUCAUGUCUGGUGGUGAAAUAUUACCAAGUGAUGAACUUUUCGUAUACAAACCAUCAACAACUAUUUUACUUAAUGCACCUGAUAUUGUUCAAGAAACAUUACGUUUUAAUUAUAGAUUUGAUACCGAGCCCCCUUUACGAUAUCAAACAGUUACAGCUAAAUCAGAGGUUUUAACACCUACUAUUCAACAUGCUUUAAUUCCAACUAAUGCAAAUAUAAAAACACCAACUAAUUAUGAUUUUUUGCAAAGAACAUUGCCAUCUCAGACAAUUCCUUCAGCUAUACAACCACCUAUCUAUCAUCAAGCUAAUCUAGUGCCAUGGCAAGCGGAUGGAAUCUAUCCAGCAUAUUCACCAAUGUCUGCUUUAGCUAGUCAAAUGACAUUUGCUCAUACAUUAUCACGUGCUGCUUAUUCUCGACUUCAAGGUCAAGGCUUUCCAACGAUUAAAACAGUUAAUGAUAAAGAAGCUGAAAUUAUUGAUAUAAGACAAGCUCGUUUUCUUGAUAUACAAACAGAAAUGGCUGAUCCAAUGAAUUGUAAUCAAAUUAAUUUACAUUUUCUAGCCUAUUUCAAAAUGACUCGAGCUAGCAUGUCAUCAAAAUCAACUUAUCCAAAAACUCUUUUUUUUACUUUCAAAUUUUUUCGUUUUCCUGAAACAACAACAAGCAGAGUAAUGCUCGAACGUAUGCAUGAUACUAUUUCAAAUGAUCCAAAUGUUGAACCAUACAUUCUAUGGCGUCUAAAAGAUGAUAGUACGAAGACAUCAGGUUUACCUAGCUUACCUGUUAAAUUCCAAGUUGAUGGUAGUUUUCUUGGUUCCGUUGAGCAACGACAAUUUUUUGAAUAUCUCAAUACUCAUACACUUUAUAUUGAAAUUUGGGAUGGUGAUGGACUUUUUCCUGUUGGAAUGUGUGCACUUGAACUGAGAUAUUUACUUCGUGAUGGUCGUCCAGGUGUACAAGCAUUAGUAGAACUUGAUGUAUUUGCAACUGUACCAAUCGAGGGUAAUGAAGCACCUGUUAUGGAAAAUCAAUAUUAUCAAUCGAGUGAUCAACAAUUUUCAUUAAUUGGUGAAAAAUUAAAAACUGUUGGUAAAUUGAUAAUGCGUAUUGGCAAUAUUGGAUCAGUAGGAUCAGAACAACCUUCAAUUGAAAAAAUUAACAGUUCGGAUGCAUUACGAUUAUUACCAACAAGUCGAAUAAUAUCAUCGACGCCACCUUUUGACAUUGUUCAACAACGUGCAGGUGAAAUAACAACAACAGGUGUUAAAGAAUAUCGUUUAACACGUGCACAUCGCAUUGUUGAUUCAUAUCCAAAUAUAAAUUCUGUAUUACAUAGUGUGGACAAACAAGCACAAGAAUCUGACCACCAACGAAAAUUAUCACGAAUGGAAGCAGUACGUAAGCGUGCAGCUGAAACAAAUAAUGACGAGGUGUCAGCAUCAUUACCAAUGACAAAUAGAAAAAUUCGCGAAUUACGUGAAAAUGAUCUACGUACAAUAUCAAUGUAUCGUCAACAAACAAAACAUGAAGAUAUCGCUCAUCAUUUAAUGAAUUUUAUUACUCGAGAAGUAAAUGUACGUUUAAUGCCUGGUUGCGUAGAAUUUUUUGAAUAUAAUCUUCAAAAUCCAUAUCCGGAACAACAUUCUAUUAGUAUUGCAUGCGAUGAUGAUGAAUUAAGGUAUCAGUAUCAUUUUUUUUUUCUUAUUUAUCAUUUUAAAAGACAUUAUUUUGUUAGUGUUGUUACGGAUGCUCGUGAAUGGCGUCGUUUAAAAACUUUAUUUGAAGUUUUUUCUGAUACAGAAGAAAAUAUGUUUACAAAUCAAGCAGGAAUUAUCGAUCAAAGUGGUUUAAAAUAUCCUCAAAUAUUUAUGCGUGCUAAAGAAUCAGUACAUAUACCAUUUAAAUUACAAACAUUUCUUGCAAAAUUACCAACAUCAGAACAUAAAACAUCAUCAAAUCCAUUUUCACUAGAACAAACAUAUGCAGUUGUGGAAAAAAGCUAUAAUGAAAAAAUUAAAUCAAAACAAAUUAAAGCAAUAUUUCAAGCAGAAGAUGGCACACCAAUAGGUAUUUUAUGCAUUAAUGUUGAAUAUAUAUCCCCUAUUGUUGAUCAAACAAUUCGUUGUAUUAAUGGAGAAAAUACAUUAUUAAAGCGAGUAUUUCGUAUACCAAAUCCACGUCGAGCAGUUACAACAGAAUCACUUACAAGUGGUUUACCUGAACAAGUUCAUCAAGUAUUUGCUCGUGCAAGUGAUUUGAAUAUUGUUUGUGAAGUUAAACCUGUACCUAUUAAUCAACCAUGUGACAUGUUAAUUAAAGCUGCUACUCAUAAUGCACCAACAGUGACCAGUUUCUUAGUAUUUAUGUACGCUGAUGGUUUUCUUCACAGACCUAUUAAUGUAUGGCAAUUUCAAAUUCAUGCUGUUAAACGUUUAGAUCUGACUUGUAUACAAUAUCAGACAACUUCUUCUACUCUUCUUCUUCGAGGUACACGUUCAUCGCGUUUGGUUCAAUGUUUUGGCAAUGCACCUGAUGAAUUAAUUGUAUCACCAAGCAAUGCUUUUUCUCUAGCAGCUAAUGGCCUUCAUGAAGUCCACGUACUUGUACGACCAUCACGUGCAGGUCUACGUACUUAUUGUAUUAAUGCAGUUGAUGUAGAAAAUCAUCAAAUUGUUGAUACAUGGAUGAUACGAGUUGAUACACGUAUGCCUGUUAUAUCAAAACAAUUCGCUCAUACGUUACCUUUUGGGCAAAGCCAACCAGUUAGUAAACGUAUAUCAUAUACAAAUCCAUAUGCUGUUCGAAAAACAUUCUUUUUCACAAGCAGUCAUCCUGAAUUACUUCAAUUGCAACAUCAAAAAGUUGAUUUUCAAGCAAACGAAAAGAAAUUUAUUAGCUUUACAUUAUUACCUGCGUUUAAUGUUACACCUGUUACAGAUAUUAUUAUUUUAAUUAAUAAUGAACAAGAUACGAAUGAAGAUGCUUAUUGUAUUCAUGUUACUUAUACAGAUUCAAAUGUUCCUAUUUAG